AUGAAGUUCUUCGGUGCCUCCCUUUUGAUCGCUUCGGCCACUGCCUUCGCCCCUGCGGCUUUCAACCCCCGCGCUUCCACAGCCAUCAACGGCUUGGCUGAGGGUCAGACUCCUAUUGUUAUUGGAGUUGCUGCUGACUCUGGUUGCGGAAAAUCCACUUUCAUGCGCCGUCUGACUAACAUCUUCGGAGGAGAUGUUGUUGGACCACUUGGAGGUGGAUUCGGAAACGGAGGAUGGGAAACCAACACUCUUGUCUCUGACCUUACCACCGUUAUCUGCCUUGAUGACUACCAUCUCAACGACCGUGAAGGACGCAAGGUCACCAAGCGCACUGCUCUUGACCCCGAGGAAAACAACUUCGACCUCAUGUACGAACAGGUCAAGGCCCUCAAGGAAGGAAGCUCUGUUUCCAAGCCCAUCUACAACCACGUCAACGGAACUCUUGACACCCCUGAGACCAUUGAGCCCACUCCCAUCAUUAUCUUCGAGGGUCUUCACCCCAUGCACGACGCUCGUGUCCUUGACCUUCUUGACUUCUCCCUUUACCUUGAUAUCUCCCCUGAUGUCAAGCUUAACUGGAAGAUCCAGCGUGAUAUGGAAGAGCGUGGACACUCUCUGGAAUCCAUCAUGGCUUCCAUCGAGGCCCGCAAGCCCGACUUCGAUGCCUACAUUGACCCCCAGAAGGGAUUGGCGGAUAUGAUCAUUGAGGUUCUCCCCACUGCCCUUGACCCCGAAGACAAGAAGACCCUUCGUGUGCGAUGCAUCCAAAAGGAAGGUGUUUCCGACUUCGCCCCUUGCUACCUUUUCGAUGAGGGAUCCAAAAUCGAGUGGACUCCUGCCCCAGGAAAGCUUGCCUCCCCUGAACCAGGAAUGAAGCUUGCUUACUACCCUGAAUCCUACAUGGGAGCUGACUGCCAAGUUGUUGAGAUGGACGGAAACUUCGAUAACAUCCAAGAGCUUGUCUACGUCGAAUCUGCCUUGAGCAACACCAAGACCAAGUUCUACGGAGAAAUGACACAAGCCAUGCUUGCCCUUGCUGAGGCACCAGGAAGCAACAACGGAACUGGUCUUAUGCAAACACUUGCUGCCUUCGCUAUCCGAGACCUUUACGAAAAGAAGAGCGCUGUUGCCAAGGCUGCCCAGAAGGCCGCCGCUGCCUCCGCAUAA